UGAUUUUGUAAACCCAUUCCAAAACAGAAUUUACCAGAAUUUGAGUAUUUUCUGUGGGUAAUUUUUCCCGCCGUUUUUCGAUAACCACCUAUUUCUGGAUUUUUUGGCCAAACCAUACGAUUAGUUGGUGUGUUUUGCCUCUAGUGGGUCACAGUUUUUUUUGUGUUGGUAGUGGUUCUUUAUGAAUUCAGACCAACAGAGGUUAUUCUCCCUGUUUAUACAUUAUUUAAGCCCAAUUACAGCAAUAUCGGAACUUGGACGAGUCCAUUGUUGACAGUGGGCGGGGAAGUAUAAAAGAAAGUGUGACCUACGCAGCUUGGCUACCGUCCCUUAAUACUUCUGGAUUAAAUAGUUUCUUGCCAACAUGGCCUGUAUAAAGCAGCCUGUUAAUUGUUUGACAGAAGAAGAAUUAAGAUCAAUCCCGGGUAUUAGCAGUAGACUGGCAUCGACUAUUGUUGAUGUCAGAAACAGGUCUGGAAACUUAACGGCAGAAUCUUUCCAAACAUUGAGACGUCAGUCACUUUCAGAAAACGUGACACAGUUGCUUGAUUUUACACCCAAUAGGCAGCUGGGGAAAGAUCGGUCCCAACAAUCGCCUAAUAUAAUGUUAGGUGCUAUUCCUAAGAAAGUUAAGGUCCCCAUGCCCGGGUCACCUAAAUUCGAGAAACAAGCGAAUGGCGAUGCCUCAGAGAAGUUGGUAUCAGAAGUCGCACAGUGGCAGGACGUACAGGAGGUCCUAUCGACUGCUAAAAAACUAGUUGCAGCCAAAAAACAAGGUGACUGCAGCGCAUUUAGCGAUUUUUUAACAAAUGCGCAACAACAACUGAACUUUGUUAAAGACAAUCUUCGUCGCCGUGAGGAUAGCGACGAUGAUUUGGAAUCCUCAUCCGGAAUUCCAAAGAUAAAGAAUGCACGAGCUAAGAUGUACAGGAAGAAGAUUACACACCACACUGUCACAGGAAGGGGUGUGUCAUCAGAAGAGGAGGAUCAACCGAUUCUUCACAGAACGAGUAGUGCUAUUGCCUACUCAAAUCAUCUGCCAGCUAGUAAGCUACCUCAACCAGUACUUGGCAGCGACAGGACCCAGUUUCAAAGAGGGCAGCCAUUUUCGAGAUCAGCUUUGCGGGAUAUUCCCAAGAACCUGGUGUAUGAUGGAAAAUCAAGGUGGCAAUCAUUCCAUAUGAAAUUUGAGCAGUACGAGCGGUCUUUUGGGUGGACUGCAGAAGACUGCAAGAUGUGCCUAUUGCACUGUAUGUCAGGUACAGCACUAGAUUAUUGCGCACGGAUAAUGAAAAGCAAUCCUGAAGUGCCAUACAGAAUUUUGUUAAAUAAACUGGAAGGGAGGUUUGGCGCUGAGCUGGCGGAAUCGUCUCAAGCUAAAUUUGCCACAGUAAUACAAAAGAAAGGCGAAUCGAUGGAGGACUGGGGAGAUAGAGUACAAGCCCUUGCCACUGAAGCUUUCCGUGAUUUACCGGAAACUUUCUGUAAUCAGCAAGCCAUUGAUAGAUUUUGUCAAGGUUUAUUAGACAUUGAUGCUGGACAUAACACGUUUAUGAAAAGACAUCGUACAAUUGAAGCUGCGAUGAAUGACAUAAGGCUGUUUCAGCAUUCUAAGGGUGCCAUGUUAGGUGGUCGUACAAAAGUCACACAAAAAGCUAUGGAUUAUAAUGAUACAAAUGCUUACAUAUGUUCUGUACAUUCACAUUCAGACAAAGAAUCUAUCACUGACUUCAGCACAUUGCAGAAAGAAUUAAUUAAAAUAAAAGAACAACUCAAUGAAUUAGCUGUAGGUCAAAAAAGAAGGCCAUGGAGAAACAACAGGACACCAUCUAGGUUGAAUGAACGGAAAUGCUUUGCAUGUGAUGAAACGGGUCAUUUUGUUUCAAAUUGUCCUUAUAAACAGGAGAUUUUAAACUUAAAAGGGUCCAGUUAGAGAGCCAAGGCUGGUCCCAGGUCGAAGUAGGCUCAAAUAACUUGAUAGAUUACUGUAACCUGUAUAGUACUGAUGUGAAAGGCUGCAAAGCAUUUUUGGUCAGUGCAAGUGGUAAACAGCCACGGUCCUUUAAGGAGGAUGACGUGGGUUUACAAAGUAAACAGCCGCGGUCCUUUCAGGAGGAUGACGUGGGUUUACCAAGUAAACAGCCGCGGUCUUUUAAGAAGGAUGACGUGGGUUUCCAAAGUAAACAGUCACGGUCCUUAAAGGAGGAUGACGUGGGUUUCCAAGGUAAACAGCCACGGUCCUUAAAGGAGGAUGACGUGGGUUUCCAGGGUAAACAGCCGCGGUCCUUAAAGGAGGAUGACGUGGGUUUCCAAAGUAAACAGCCGCGGUCCUUGAAAGAGGAUGACGUGGGUUUCCAAAGUAAACAGCCGCGGUCCUUGAGGAAGGAUGACGUGGGUUUCAAAAGUAAACAGCCGCGGUCCUUUAAGCAGGAUGACGUGGGUUUACGGGGUAAACAGCCGCGGUCCUUUAAGCAGGAUGACGUGGGUUUGCGGGGUGGUGAUUUGCACGGAAGAUCAGCAUCUUUGGAAGAGAAACCAGAGAUAAAUAGAGAACAGCCGAGGUCCUCCCAGAGCGGGGAGGUUGACUUGGGUUCCACGAGUGAACAUUUGCUGUACAGGCAGAGUAAAUCGCAGAGUAAAACAGACAUGCAAGGUUCAAGAAUUUGGGAUCCAGGAGGAAAUGAUGCUAACACCAAUGCAAGACAUUUACAUAGCAUUAAGGUUUAGGGGCCUUCCUUCUUUUUGGGUGGGAAGGAGGAUGUAGUGUAGAAGAAGUAACAUGUUUUUAUAGAAUACACCUCCCCAAAAUCUAGAUUAUCUAGAUUAAGACAGGAUGGAGACAAAACUUAAUUGUUUUGAGACUAGAUAAAAGACAACUUCAGAUGUGAGUAAUUUCAGUCUGAGUUAACAUUUAUUCUGUCCAGAUUAAGACAGGAUUCACAACGAUGAAACCGAAUACUUAUUCAGUCUAAGGCUGGAAAGAAAAUUAGAAGGACAUAAACGAAUCCUUCAAGAGAAAGAGGGAGGGAGUGUAGUGGAAAGUAGAUUUCCACUAAUAGUUGGUGCGUUGUAACCUCACAGUUGGAUUGACUUGGACUUUAUCCCAGGAUUGACAUUAUUCUGAGUAGUCAAGCUGCAGUCCUCGUAGAGGUCGGACGUGCCAACUGUCACAUCUAUAACACCAAACGCAAAGCCUAUCCCAAGGCAAUGCCCCAUUUGCGUGGUAAAAGGCAACACGACUGUGUACCUCCGGGUAACAGACCACGUUUGCUGGGUGCAAGCGCUGACGGCAGACCCCAUGAAGCCGUUGAUGUCAGAGGCACGUGCUAAGACCGGUCGGAAAGUGAAGAAGACAAAGCCGAGGAAUUACUACUCUUGCUGGCUGUGCGACCGGUCGGUGAUUGACCGGCUGCGUCAUCUAGAACAGGAGCACAAAAUGGAGGCUGGGACAUUCAAUUUUGUUUACACAAGAGGGCCGUUUCCGGAAAGACGCGAAAACUUCAGGAAAGGUGACCAGCAGACUCGCCACUCAUGAUGACUCGGCAUAGGAGGAUGAGAAGGUGGAGGAUGAGGAGGAGGAGGAAGAGGACUUUUCAUUCCUAAUGCCGAAAUACUGCCUGAGCCUGGAACCCAAUGCAAGGGUGAUGCAUGGUCGGAGAAGCUGCAAUUUCAAUCGUUGACUCAUAUGUAGACUACAUGUUCCUGCGGAGCAGGCCAGGUGGGUUGGCAAACGAGUCGAAAACACAAGAGGUCAACAUGAAGAUCAACCGGUUCCUGGCCCUGUCUGGCUACUUGGAAGGAGUGGUGUUGAGUGACAUGCUGUUGUGGAUGGGCCAUAUGGAGGUCCACGACAGUUCCUCAACACCACUCACCAGCUGAAGACGGUGCGGAAUGCACUAACGGCAAUCAAGAACUUCCUGAAGUGGUGCGAGGGAAUGGUCUAGCGGACGCCCGCACAUUGAACAAUGCUUCCUGACCUCAACCUGCCUGGAUAAGAGCCGUCUCGAGGUUGUUCGGAGGGUAGAGGAGAGUGCGGCCAUCCUGACGGACGCAAACCUGGAGCGCCACUUCACUGAGAGUGAGCAUGUAGUGAAAACGAUCAAGGUGAUCCAGGAGCCCCCAGCUGGCACACCUGAAAGAUAUUCGGGGAAUAAUCAUUUAACUGAUAGCGCUCUAUAACGCCUCCUGAACUGGCAAGUGUACCUAGAGAUUGAGCUGGAGACAGUGAAGGUGCUGACCUCUGUGUGGAACACUUAGAAGCUGGCAAGUUUUCAUAUUGAAGGGUAUGGUUCCCAACCGCCCAUCACACACAGAAUGAAGCUUGUCGUCUUCCGCAGUAAAAACUGGGUGCUGGAAGAUGCUUACUGCUAUAUUGACUGCUUCCGAGCGCUUCCUGGACCUAAAAAUUAUCUCCCAGCAGCAACCUCCCCAAGGUGUGACGAGAGUCUUCAAGCACUAAACUCACAGUCUGCACAAUAUCCGAAAAGAGUGCUAUGGUGCUGUCAUGCUCCUGAACCGGUACUUCCGUGGCUGAGAGAGCUGGCCAUUCUGUAGGAUCUUGAACAGCAGCCUCCACACACAGCUGGUUUGGCAGGUCGUCAUGUAUGGAUGCUAAACACCUCCUAGCCCCUUCAGCACUCAGAUGUAGUCCAUCAUGGGACAAGUACAGGGACUUCUUAAAAUUAAAUUUUGAUUAUUGAUAGUUACCGUACUAAUUUGUUUUAAACAUAACUAAGAUAUUAAAGCAGCAAAUUAAA